AUGUCUGCGUCCGCGCAUCGCUUCUACGAAGAGGUGCUAGGGAGCCCGCGCUACUUCGCUGCUCCCAUGGUCAAGCAGAGCGAUUUGGCCUUCCGGCUCAUGGCGCGCAAGUGGGGAGCUCAAUGCUGCUACACACCGAUGCUCAAGAGCCAGCACUUUUUGCAGGGCAACGUUGAGGAGAUGGCAGAGUUUGUGACAGUGGCGGGGUCCGCCGACAGACCGCUUGUCGUGCAGAUUUGCGGGCGCUGUCCAGAGCUUCUCUCCAAGAUGGCACUGUUGCUGCACCGCCUGGCACCGGGUGGUUUCGACGCCUUGGAUUUGAAUCUAGGCUGCCCCAUGGAGAAUGCGGAAUUUGAAGGCUACGGUUCCUUCAUGAUUGAAGAUGAGUCAGGGGUCUUCAAUGCCUGCUGCUGUGUCCAAGCACUUGUUGCGGUUCAGCCUCUGCCGGUGUUCUGCAAGAUCCGUAUUCUUCCAUCUCUUCAGGACACACUUCGACUUGCAAAGCGCUUGCAAGAUGCCGGCUGCUCAUUGCUCACUGUCCACGGUCGGGUGAGGGCAGCAAAGGGGAGUGGCCCUGUGGACCUGGAGGCAAUUUCUGCGGUCAGGGCAGCAGUUAGCAUCCCGGUGGUUGCAAACGGUGGCGUCCGCACCAGAGAGGAAGCCGACCGGAUGUUGCAGAAGACGGGCUGCCAUGGUGUCAUGGUCGGGACAGCCCUCCUGAUCAACCCUCGGCUCUUUGCAGAGCCCCCAUGCGAAAGACAUACGAUCGGAAGGGCCAUCUCGGUCGCGCUGGAGUACCUCCAGUUUGCGGAGCUGCAUCCGCCAAGGCCCAUUGUGCUCAGGAAGCAUUUCUGGUACUUCUUUCGCAAUGUUCUUCUGAGAAACGGAGAGGAAGAAGAUGUGCUGGCCAUAGUGCGCGGAGACAAGAUGUCCCCGUCUUUGCUGGGCACCGAGCGGCACAAGUUCUACACCUUUAUGAAUCAGCCCUUCCUGUGCUCCACCCAGCAGUUCCGGGCAUUGCUGCGGCUCAUGGCCCAGAAACUCGACGUGGAGCCCUCCCUGGUGGAGUCCCUGGCCGGGACGACGCCUCUUCUAAGCAUGCCGGAAAUACGCCACCUCGGCGCAGAAGUGAAGACGUGCUGCUCAGAGGACUGGGAGGCGGACUUCAGCCUCUGGGACUGA